AUGGCCUUGGGGGGUGAAGCUAUGACACUACGCAACGUGCAAGAGUGGGCGGGAAAGCCGGACAAGCAUCUGAUCCAAGUUUAUGGCCCUUCUGAAUGCUGUGUGACCAGCACCAUCAGCGAGGAUGUGUCUUUGAAGAUGGAUCCAACCAACAUCGGCCGCGCAUUUGGUGGAUGCGCUUCUUGGGUCGUCCGUAUCGACACCCCUCACGCUCUCGCACCGAUCGGCGCUGUUGGCGAGCUGCUCAUGGAAGGCCCAAUCCUGGCAAAAGAGUACCUGAAAGACCCACAGAAAACGGCAUCAAGUUUUGUAAGCGGCUUGUCGUGGGCACCGCACAAGCGACUAUAUCGGACUGGUGACCUGGUGUACUACGAUUCUGAGGGAGAUCUCCACUUCCUUGGUCGCGUAGAUGCACAGGUAAAGGUUCACGGCCAGAGGAUCGAGCCAGGCGAGAUCGAGAAAAACUUGGCCUUGGAGGGAUCAGUACUGCACAGUAUAGUCUUGGUGCCAGAAUCGGGGCCAUGUGCGGGCAUGUUGGUUGCUGCCAUUGCACAUCAACGCCCGUCAAUCCAGGACGUGUGCGACAAGGUGAUCUUUGAAAAACCGGAAACAGCAUACAUCUCGACCCUGCGCAACUUUCUUCUCGACCUUGUCCCACAAUAUAUGAUCCCGGCCAUAUGGCUUGUCGUACGUGACAUGCCCUACAAUACGUCAGGGAAGCUGGACCGGAAGCGUAUGCUCAAGCGUUUUGAAGAGAUGGACAAUGAAGAAUAUGGAGACUUAAUUGGCAGUAUUGAAAAAUGCAGUGUUGAACUACCAAUCAAUGACCUCGAAAUAGCCCUUGAAGAAGUAUGGAGUACUGUGCUCAAUGUUCCCAAAGCGGACAUUGGCAGAAGCAAUACCUUAUUUUCACUCGGUGGAGACUCCAUAUCGGCCAUGACCAUCAGCAGUGCAGCCCGUGGUAGGGGCAUCGCGGUGUCAGCAGCCAAGAUACUCCGCUAUCAAACCAUCGGGCGCCUCGUCGAGAAUCUCGAUACGCAUCCCGAGCAGGCUCCAUCUGUCGACUACGGAAGAACCCAGACCGAGGUUGCAUGGCCACUUUCACCUAUCCAGCAGCUGCAUUUUCAGGCUUCACCUAACGGAGAUCGCUUUGAUCAACAGACAAUGGUCUUGGUCAUGACGCGGCAUGUUCCAGAUAGCCUUGUUCGCGACGCUUUCGAAAGCAUUUUAGAGGUGCAUCCCAUGCUGCGGGCUCGCUUCACUUCAACCUCCAGCGGAUGGGUACAGCAAGUCACAGAAGAUGUUUCCGGAAGCUUGACGCUGCGUUUCCAUCACGUAGACUACAGCCAGGAAGAUGUUAUGCAGCAAAUUGCCACCACUAAGUCUUGUAUCGAUCUAGUCAGCGGACCACUCGUCGGCGUCGAUGUCUUUGGAAGGGGCGAGAAAAGGCUCAUUUCUGUCACAGUUCACCAUUUGGCAAUAGAUGCAGUUUCGUGGCGGAUCAUUCUGGAAGAUAUUGAAGCUCUAAUCGCCCGAGGAGCCCCUGCACGGCCCGAGCCCGUUCAUUUCCAAGCUUGGGGCCGCGCUCAAUUAGAACAGGCCAGAACAUGCCUCGAUUCUUCUCACGUACUUCCAGCUGGUCUGGUAGUAGAGAGCAUAGGUUCGUCUUUCUGGGGGAUGGAGGGGCGGCCGAUAUUGUUCCAGGACUCCGUGUCGAAGAAGGCUCAACUGGACAAAGUUUCGACUCAAGCAUUCGGAGCAUGCAAUCGCCACGGCUACGAUCAAGUAGAUUUGCUUUCAGCAGCAGUACUGCUCUCUUUCUUGAAAAUUUUCGGUCGACCUUCGGCUUCAUUGUUCGUCGAGGGGCAUGGACGCGAGCCGUUUCAUGCUGGGCUAGAUCUAUCUCGGACGGUUGGCUGGUUCACAACGUUGGCACCUCUCACGAUUGAAGAGACGCUAGAUACACCAGCAGCACUCCGUCAAAUCAGGGAGCUCAGGAGAGCCACACCAGGCAAAGGCUGGGACUAUUUCACGUCACGGUUCCUCAACGAGAACGGAGUUGAGGCUUUCCAGCAGCGACAUUGGCCUAUGGAGAUCAUUCUGAACUAUCUAGGCCGCUAUCAGCAGCUUGAAAGACACGAUGCGCUCUUUCGACGCUGUGAACCGGCCUUGCAAUCAAUGCUUUCGGAGCUGCGCCUACAGCAACGUGCUGAGUCACAACGGUACAGCCUCAUAACCAUACUGGCUGCAAUAGAGGAUGGUACUCUCACUUUUACAGUGGAAUGGAACAAGCAUAUGAACCACCAGAAAGAGCUAGACUCAUGGCCAGCGAUGAUAGAGAAGGAACUUGAGCGCUUGCUCGUAACUUUGGAUGCGCAAGGAACGAAGCCGCCAGUAGAAUCAAUCGCAUCUGCCACCACGAUUGGAAUCGAUCAUGAAGAACUGGGCAGCCUGCUGAAGGCCAUUCCGCCUAGCCCUGACAUAGUCUUGCACAAUGUCGAGGCCGCGUACCCAUGCUCUCCCAUUCAGGAGAGCCUACUUUUUAGCCAGUUGAAGAACGCCAACACAUACAAUCAGCAUUUCCUCUUUCGCCUCGUGCCGGGUUAUGAUGACCCUACUGAGGGACGCCAUGAGCGCUUAGCAGAGGCUUGGAAGCGGGUUGUAAAGAAGCAUGCAAUUCUGCGGACUGUGUUUGCCGAAGUCUCUUCGGGUGGUUUCGCGCAGAUUGUGCUCCGAAAUAUCACGCCUUCAAUCGAGUGUAUUCGUAGCGAGAGCAAAGAUGCAGUGGUGAGAGCAUGGGAGCAAGACCGGUUGAUGCUAGGGUGCCUCCCGCUGGGCGGAAAGCUGCUCCACUCUCUCAAGAUUCACACUGUCGUCGAUGGCACGAUUUUCUGCCAGCUUGACAAAAACCAUCUCCUCAGCGAUGGAGCAAGUUCCCGCAUCAUGAUUCAAGAUCUGCUCGACGCCUAUAGCGAUCGACUAGAAGGCUCUUCCGCAUCAUUCAUGGACUACAUCAAACACAUCAAUGAGGCCGACUCGGAAGAAGUCGAGAAAUAUUGGUCUUCAUACCUUGAUGGGGCUACGAGAUGUCACUUUCCGCGGCUAGCUCAACUGGCAGAAAAGGACGAUCAGGCUAUGCCAAUGAAGAGUGUAGAGCUAGUUAUUGACAACAAGAAAGCUCUCGAUCUGAAGUGUCGCAAGUUCGGUAUAAGCAAUAGCAGUGUAUUGCGCGCGGCUUGGGCACUGGUAUUGAAGGCGUACCUCAAUUCGGAAACAGUCGUAUUUGGGUUCCUUGCUUCCGGUAGAGACUUGCCCGUGCCGGGGAUAGAGAAGAUUGUCGGGCCCAUGGUCAACAUGCUUCCCGUCCGACUACUAGUAUCAGGCGGAAGCAGUAUGGUCGAGCUUGCACGGGCGAUUCAGGACGACUACCUGGAACAUCUUUCUCGGCAAACAGUAUCCUUGGGGCGAAUGCAGCAUGCCAUUGGGGGCAGCGACGGUCUCUUCAACACCAUUGUUAACAUCCAGAAAUCUCCGCUAGCGCAGCGGCCGACAGAUGCGGAGGUUAGGGAUACCACGGCAGAGCUAGUGAAGAGCCACGAUACUAGCGAAUAUGGGAUAGCAGUGACCAUAACCGAUGAGCAAGACAGGUAUAUCGUAUCGGCAGAAUUUGCAACCAGCUUGUUGUCGACACAGCAGGCCGGCCAUGUCAUAGCUGCCUUUGCCAAGGCCGUAGAAUUCAUGGUGCAGGAGCCAGAGAAGCCGAUAUCUGAGGCCAGCCUAUUCAGUAAGCUGGACGAACAGCAAGUGGAGGCAUGGAAUGUAAAGGAGCCGUGCCUGGUCCGGCGCUGCAUCCAUGAGCUGAUCCAAGAAACCGUUCAGCGACAGCCAGCAAGCAUUGCUGUCCACUCUUGGGACGGCGAAAUGACAUAUGAGCGGUUGGACAGGUUGUCCUCGGCAGUGGCAUGCAAGCUGGCAUCGAGCGGUGUGCAACCCGAAGACAUUGUGACGCUCUGUUUCGAGAAGUCCAUGUGGGCGGUUGUGGCCAUGUUAGGUGUGGCCAAAUCAGGAGGCGUAUUCGUACAUAUUGACCCCAAGGCACCGCGGGCGCGCGCACAAGCCAUCGUUGAUCAAACCCAGUGCAAGAUAGCGCUUGCGUCACCCAGCUGCCACGCAUGCCUUGAUGGCCUAGUCGAGGACAUACUACUGCUGAGCGGCCAUGUUGCUGAAGAAUGGAGUGGGCUGGAGGUGAGCAGCCUUGUGAAGGUCCAACAGAAGCCGGCCAACGCUCUCUACAUCGUUUUUACUUCCGGAAGCACGGGAACACCGAAGGGAGUAGUGAUUGAACACCAGAAUUUCUGCUCAGCAGUAGCAGCCAACCGGGAGUGGCUACGGAUAGAAAGAACAUCGCGGGUGCUGCAAUUCACCAGCUACAGCUUCGAUGCUUCGCUCGAGGAGAUAUUCACAGUGCUGGUGGCAGGAGGAUGUAUUUGCGUACCGUCGGAGCAGGACCGCCUGUCGGAUCUAGCUAGCUUCGUGCGGCGCGCUGCCAUCAACUGGGCCGCCUUCACGCCUUCGUUCCUGCGGUCACUUGAGCCACGCGACGUGCCCUCGCUCGAUUUCAUUACGGUGCAUGCCGAACCCAUGAGCCAGAUGCUUGUGACCAGGUGGGCAGGCCAAGUGCAUAUGCGACCCAGCUAUGGACCUACCGAAUGUUCCGUUACGAGUACCGUUGGCGAGCGCAUGACAGCCCACUCUGACGCUGCCAAUAUCGGCUGGGCCGUCGGUUGUCGCGCCUGGGUUGUUGACCCUAUGCGCCUCGAUGUACUGGUUCCUGUAGGUGCUGUUGGCGAGUUGGUGUUAGAAGGUGCCAUCGUCGGCCGCGGCUAUCUUCGCGACCCGCAGAAGACUGCCGCCGCGUUCGUCACGUUGUCCCCGGGCGGUCAGAAACCACGGCGCGCCUACCGCACUGGUGAUCUCGUGCGCUAUGCUGUCGAUGGAAGUCUUGUUAUUUUGGGCCGCCGGGAGGACUCGCAGGUCAAGGUGCGUGGCCAGCGCGUUGAGCUGGCCGAAAUCCAGUAUCGUCUUGAUCUCGCCCCGGAACUCGCCCAUUCCCUUGUGCUGCUCCCCAAAGCAGGUCCACUACAGGGCAGAUUGACCGUGGUUGCCAGUCUGAGUGAACAGAUUGACCCAAGCCCCUCCUCACUCCAGCUCAUCCACUUGUCACCGGGCUGGACGUCAGAGCAAGCGGCCCACGCAUCCGAUGCACUUGCAGCCGUCCAAAAAGCACUCUCCAGCAACCUCCCCGCGUACAUGGUACCCGAUACAUGGCUUCUAGUCGGGAGCCUCCCCUUGCAGGUCUCGUGCAAGAUUGAUCGCAAGCUCGUUGCUACAUGGGUUGAAACCUUGGACUCUGAGGUAGCACUUGCCGCUCGCCGACUACGAAAGGCAACUCAUACGUCAGGCUCUAAAGUUGAGGAGGCUAUACGACGCGUCUGGACAGAAGUACUGGCUGUAGACGAUGCCGAGGCCGACCUUCUCGAUUUGGAUGAUUCGUUCUUUGCCAUGGGGGGCGAUUCCAUUUCCGCCAUGCGUGUGACUCGCCAAUGCCGAGCGAUGGGACUUACCAUCACGACGCAGAAUGUGCUUGUAGAAAAAACUAUCAGAAAGCUGGCUGCCGUAGCUGCAUCUGGCGUGGUGAUUACCACGCCAGCGCCUUGCAAAGAGCUAUGGCCAAGCGUGCGACAAGAGAUUGACCCAGCUGUGCUCCUCCCCCUCGACUCGCACAUCGCCGACAUCCUGCCCUGUUCUCAAUUCCAGGAAUACACAUAUCGCGCUUUUCACAAAGAGCACACGACGCCAUAUCUGUAUCAUACCCUAGUAGAAUUAACGUCGGAUGCUGGCUUGGACGCUGCCACUGCCGCGAGAGCUUGGCAAGCUGUCGUGAAUCGCCACUCCAUCCUUCGAACUGCAUUCGUAUCGGCCCAGGAUGAUGACAAAAUAUUCCAGGUAGUGUUGCACGAUAUACCAGUCGACUGUAUUGUCACUGCUGUCGAUGAUGAGAUCUCUGUAGGCGAAGUUGCUAAUUUGGAAAUGGUCGCCAUCCGAUCUAAGUUCCUUGCGUCUGUAGUACCGCCAUUGGCACUACGAUUGUUUGUCCUGCGUUCCGGGCGUGUAUUCGGUCUCCUUGCUAUCGGACACAUGAUCAUCGACCAUGUCAGUCUGGCACACGUCUUAUCCGACUGGGAUCACUUUUGUCACAGCUCGAACCCUUCACACGAGCUGCAUCUCCCGUCGCCCUUCCGCUCUUACAUCCAGCAUCUCUCGAGCCGCAACUUAGGCUCCAGCACGAAUUUCUGGGAGGAACGACUGCGCCAUCUUCUGCCUUGUCAAGUCUCCGAUUGGAAUUCAGGUUCCGCUGGUGAUCCACACGCCACGAGCACUGUCAGCUUCUUUAUCGAGACGGCAGGCGCUAUGCAGAGCUUUUGUAGGACUGCAGGCAUUACCAUUUCCAAUCUUCUACAGUUUUCAUGGGCUCUAGUCCUCCGCCUUCACACAGGACAAGACAACAUCUGUUUUGGACAUCUGGUCUCUGACCGUGACAUUGAUACUAUAGACGGCGACGACGUAGUCGGCCCAUUGCUAUCAUUAGUGGUCGGACAGGUGACUAUCUCUGAGUCCUUGGUCGAGUCCAUGCUCGAACUGCAAAACAACAACAUCAGAGCUUCCGAGCACAAAGUAUUUGACAUUGCCGAAGUCGGGCGUCGUUUGGGAUGGUCCGCCAGAGGUUUCCAAUCCGCUUUCAACACGCUUGUCAACUACCGCAAGAUCGUUCGUCGCAAUGAAGAACAGCCGAGGAUGCGCUUCCGACGUAUUCACAGUCACGAUCCGCACGAAUUCUGCUCUGACUUUUAUGGCUUGGGGCUCCCAGCUGAGUGCCAGCCUUGCGUAUCGUGA